CCUCGGCCCAGCCGCCGCCUCUCUUGCAGCCCGCGGCAUCAUGGAGCCCCCGGGCUCGGGCUGGGCCUCGCGCCUCCUGCUCGGGGCGCUGCUGCUGCCGCUGCUGCUCGGGGGAGCCCCAGGUGCCCAGGCUGCGCUUCGGGUAUCAGCCCCCCACUUGGUGGAAGCCAUGAAAGGGGAGCCAGUGACCCUGAACUGUUCCCUCUCCGGCUUGGGAAGCAAAGAAAGAGUGGUGCUGGAGUGGUUUAAUAUAAGCCGCUCAGGACUGGCCACCUCACUGGCCCUGGCUGAGGGACGAAUGGGAUCUCUGAAGAAGACUGAGGACACCGGACCAGGCCGAAGCACUCGCUUUCAACUGCUUCCCAACGGGAACCUUCGACUGGCCUCUGCUGAGGCGGGCGAUGAGCAGGACUAUAUGUGCAGAUUCAGUGCUGGGGCAGCAGACAGGGUAGAGGCCACCACCCGACUCCGAGUCUUUGUGGCCCCCAAGCCCCCUGAGGUCAUACCCAACAAGGGAACAAUUUCAGUGAUUGACGCCAUAGCCCAAGAGAUAGCCACCUGUACCAGUCGAAAUGCCAACCCUGCCCCCAACAUCAGUUGGUACCGGAAUGGGGAGGUUCUGGAGGUUCCCACAGAGCUGAACAAGGAGAUAUAUGCCGUGAGCCGCACUGUGCUAGAGGCCACCGGCCUCCACUCCCUCACCAGCAUCCUCUACUUUCGGCCCAGGAAGGCCGAUCGCGAUGUCGCCUUUCACUGCAGGGUCAACUACCACCUACCCUACGGCCAGCGGGGCCAGCAAGAAUCCCCGCCCUUCUACCUCUCACUGCACUACCCCACGGAGAACGUGCAUUUCUGGGUGGCCAGCCCAGCGGCCCCCGGAGGCUGGGUCCGAGAGGGGGACACCAUCCACCUGUUUUGCCGGGGAGACGGCAACCCGACCCCCGAGUACAUCUUCACCCUGAAGCAGAAGGAAGAAAAAUCCCUGGAGACCAACACUGACGGCAACCUGACCCUCUGGAGCGUCCACCGGAACCAGAGCGGCGUCUACCAGUGUGAGGUGGCCGACUUUGACGCGGAACCGGAGGUGGAGCUGACCCGAAAGCUGGAGCUUCACGUGGGAUACCUGGACCCCCUGCAGCUGAGUCCUGGGGAGAACGUGACAGUGCCUUUGGGGGAUACCAUUUUGCUGGGCUGCUCGGCCUCUGGGGACCCAACCCCCAAACUCCUCUGGACCAAGGAUUCUAUCCCCCUGGAGCCGGGCCCCCAGCUCACUCUCACCAAUGUCUCCUUUGCCUCAGCCGGUGUCUACACCUGUGAGGCCUCGGUGCCCAAGCUGCCUGGGCUCACCAGGACCCGACACCUGCAGCUGUUCGUGCAGGGAAAACCAGAGCUGAAACCGGAGGAGACCCAGCCUCGGGGCCGCAGUAGCUGGACCGAAGGGGAUGAAGUGACCCUCACCUGCUCUGCCCGGGGACACCCAAAGCCAAAGCUGAGCUGGAGUCUCCCAGGGGACACAGUGAGCAGAAACAUCGAUGACUGGGUGCAGAGCUCGCUGAAGCUGAAGGUGACGGGCGCCGUGGCCAGGGACGGAGUCACCUGCGUGGCCGCCAACCAGCUGGGCGAUGCCCAGCACAUCUUCCACUUCGAGGCCGUGGCCCCGCAGGCCCCUCAGGCCGGCGUGGCCGUGAUGGCGGCCGCCGUCAGCGUCGGGCUGCUGCUCCUGGUUGUGGCUGUUUUCUACUGCAUGCGCCGCAAGGGCCGCUGCUGCCGGAGAAAGGAGAAGGUGCCCCCGCUGCCCCCUGAGCCCGAGCUGAGCCGUCCCGGCACCGAGCGCCCAGAGCAGACGGGCCUCCUGUCAGGAGGCGGCGGAGGAGGCGGCCGGGGAGGCCACAGCUUCGGGGACGAGUGCUGAGCCUCUUCGGAUGUGCCCUGCCCUCGGCCCCACCUCCAGGCUUCCACCAGACGAAGAGCGCAGAGCGGGCGGCUUGCAGGUGGUGGGAGCGCCACGGGGCAGAGCCCUGGACCGGACCGGCCGCCCGCCCCUCCCCCACUUCCUUCCCCCGCCCGCCCUCCCUCCUGCGCCUUGGGAUGUGGGAGAGGGCUAGGGCUGGCCGGCCCAGCGCCCUGCUUCCCAGCCCCUGAAAUAUCCCCUGGCUUCUGUCCUGGGCCUGGCCCUGGGAGGAGGGGGUCAGCGCGGGGAGCUAUUUUUACCAGCCGCCUCCUCCUCCUGUGCAGUCUGACACUGGAUCCCUGCCCGCCCCGCACCCUGCCCUCACCUUGGUCGAAAACACUGGAGAGUCAAUAAAGGCCGUCCAACAGCCCACCCA